AUGUUCUUCUCGUUCUAUUCAAAUCAUUUUGAAGAACACUUGUCAUUCCAUACUUGGCUGAACUACUCCCGAGCGAAAUCAGGCAGCGCGGGCAAGAAGAAGGGCACUGCCCCCGGGUUCGGAGGUCCCCCAAAAGCAGACGGCAACGCCAGCGCUGAGGAUGGAGGGGAAUUAGACCAAGAUGACGUGAAAAUGGGGAAGCAACCAGAACGGCCCAAUUUACCGUUCUCUAAAUCCUACGUUGGCCUACUACCGCCACCUACAGGGCCUCAUAAACGUCCUCCACGGAAGACGUGGCCGACCCCGGCGGUGCCUAUUACAUGGCCCAACGAUCCUAAUAUCCCAGAAGACUGGACCUGCGAGGAGCUUGAUCUUGACCCUGAUGAUCUUGACGCCCAACUUGUCCGUGUUGACGAGCGAAUUGCCAAUCAGAUCCUACCGGACAUGUUCGCGCAGAGAAAGCAAGAGCUUCUCGAGCUCAAGGCAGAAAGAGAUAAGAUGAUCGCGCGAGAGAGUGGGUCAUACGGACUCAGUAUGGAUGUUAUCAGACGUCUGGAUUAUCUCAUUGAAAUGGGAGAGCAACUUGUAAACACCCCAGAUCCGAGUGGGUUUAUCCCAAAUAUUAAGGCCAUAAUCAAUGCCUAUCGAACACGCCGGCUGGAAUGGAACGAGGGCCUCGUGACGUACUGGUCUAAAGGCAAACAGCUCUGUGAACCCCGACCUUUUCACUAUGGAGAGUUUCUCGACGUCAAUAAACAGCACGACGGACACAACGAUUUCUGGGUAGAAGGGCUUUUCCCAUCAAGACCUGCGUCGCAAUUGGUCGUGCAGUCACAGGAAUUUUCGGCCCCUCCUGGAAGGUGGGUUAAUGAUAUGUACAUAACGAUGCGACUUCCGAACAAUCGAACAACGCAGAUGCAGUAUUUGUUCCUGGAUGACUCCGGGGCGGAAGCAACACUGAUAUACGAUCAAGAUAUUGUGCCCCUGCGAAAAACACCAGCUGGAACCGUCUCUCAGUUGCCGCCCCUUAUGGGCUCUACACUCGCCAGGGGAGCCCUAGGUGGCCAGGGAACGCUACAUCAGAUCCGAGCCAUGGAGGUGAACAUGGUUGCUGAUACCAUUGGCAAUUUCAUGACCUUAUGGGAUUGGAUCCCAGUAACUAUACACACCGUUCUCCCCAAAAAAAGACCUCCACCCAGGCUUUCCGGCCCAUGGCACCGCUACAAGUUCUAUACGGGCUCGGCUCCAGAUGGCACAGGAAGGACGUGGGCAUUCAACCUCAAGAAAGGUUGGGAUACUCUGGUGCCCACAGUAACAAAUGUGCUGAUCGCCCCAAGACCUGAUUACUCUGCCUGGGGGGCGUUCCGGCGGCGGCGAAUGCAAGUGCCGGUGCGCCAGUCAGUGCACGUCCAGCAAAGGCGCCACCUCCAAGGGUGCUAG